AUUGUCACAACGAUAAAUAUGUACAUAGACCUGGUGACCAAUAUUCCAGCUGUCUUCUUUGUGCUGUUCCUGGGAUCCUGGAGUGAUAAACAUGGACGGAAAAUUCCUCUCAUGUUUCCUUUAAUUGGAAGUUUUCUUAGCACAGUUAUAUACUUCAUAAAUGCAUAUCGGGUGGAACUUCCUGCUAUGUAUGUCUUACUUGCUGCUGUUCCACGGGCCAUAACUGGUGGCUUCAUUACCCUGCUAAUGGCAUCAUAUUCAUAUAUGGCUGACAUAACUAAAAUUCAGGCAAGAACUACACGUGUUGCAUUUUUGGACUUAAGCUUCGGCUUAGGGGCUCCAAUUGGACUGUUACUUAGUGACUUUCUUUUUUAUAGACUUGAAUAUUUGGGAAAUUAUGGAGUCAGUGGAAUCAUUUUUUUUAUUGCAGUAAUAUAUACUAUUAUGUGUAUUGAAGACACACGUGGACCUUUCUCAAGACAUCAUCUUGAAGCUUCUGAACUGUCUCACAAACCAAGUAUUAUGUGCAGGGAUCUCUUUGAUAUAAAAAAUAUCAAGGACACAUUUGCUGUUGUCAAGAAACCACGACCAAACAAAGGACAAGCAAGAAUCCUGUUGCUGAUGGGUGCCAUGUGCAGUAUGUUGUUUGCUUUUGGUUCUGUUAAUAUUGCAUACCUGUACACCAAGCGAAAAUUUAACUGGACUUACAGCCAGUAUAUUCAGCUGAGCCUUGUGCAAAUUAUCUCCAGCAUCUUAGCAAUAUCGGUCAUUCUGCCAGUAUUCAGCUAUCGACUGCUGGUAGAUGACUCUGCAUUAGGACUUUUGGGUUGUAUAUCAGCAGUAUUUGGCAAUAUAAUUUAUGGACUUUCAUCUUAUCCUUGGCUCUUCUACUUAGGCAGUAUUGUUUCUUGCCUGGGAGGUUUGCCUUUGAUUGUCACACGGUCCAUUAUCAGCAAAGUUGUGCCACGAGAAGAACUGGGCAAGGUUUUCUCUCUUCUGGCUUCCUGGGAGUCCAUCAUACCUCUACUUUCCAACCCAUUAUAUACAUUUUUAUAUAAUGCCACCAUUAAAGUCUUUCCAGGAGCUAUGUAUUUUUUAAAUGCAAUUUUCUUUAUUAAUGCUUCAGUUAUUUACAUAUGGAUUUUUUCCAAUAGAAGAGAUGAAAGAAGUGAACACCUCAUCGAUGAAAUAGAAAACAUUCCAGAUGUUGAAACAUGAUUUAUGCAAGAAAUCCUGUAAAGUUAUUUUUGGAAAAAGUACUGUGUAUUAGUCCUGGUACAGUACUCUGAUUUAUUAUACUUAAUAUAUUUUGCAUGAGAAAAUUGUCAUGUAGGUCUCCACUUACAAAUGCAUGAGUUGCACAGAUCCACAUUUACAAAUGAGGCCCAAAAGACAUAAUAUUAAGAAAAAUAACUGUUUUAUGAAUGAAAAUCUGAGGCUCCGAAUGUCUGGGAUAUAAAUCUAUUCUUUGUACAGUACUGUCAUUCUCUAUAUGAUAAUGGGCUCAGAGUUUCAAAGUAUUUGCUCAUAAAUUGAAACACUAGGAAUACAAUAUGUUUGUUGUUGGGGCGUUACUCUAUGUUUUAUAAUGUUUUAGUUCAAUUUUGGAGAUAAUGGGUUAGAAGGCUUCUUUUGUUAGCCAUGAGUGUCAUCAAAGAUGACUAAAGUGCUGGGAGCAGUGGGCUAGUAAUCUGUUUUUCUCUAAUUACUAAAAAAGUUUAAGAAUAAAAUUUUGAAAACGAGCAUAUGAAUGCAAGUUGGUGUAAUACAGAUAAUAAAAAUAGUGUUAUGAAUGAAAAGAAGCUGGAUGUCCAGGCACUAAGUAAAACAAAGCUGAAAGGGUAAGUCUGGAAUGCCAGGGGUAAAUAAAAAUGGUAGGCAGUUAAUUGAGUUGUGUUUAAUAGGGGGUUUGGUACUAGCUAAUAUUUAUUUUGAAAGGAAGGGGGAUAAAUAAUGAUACAAGAUAUAAUAUAGGGCACAAUGUUAGCAGAUUGUUAGUGGACGAAAGGUUAAUGGGUAAACUUAUGGAUCUGCAUGUUUUUAGAGAAGUGACAGAUGUGUCACAUCAUUAUAUAGUGGUAGCUACAGUAAGAGUGUAAGGUAGACGAGUAUGAGUACAAAGAGACUGGCAGUAGUGGCUAAGAGGGAAGUGAAGCUAAUUGGUUUAACUUUUUCACUGUCUCCUACAUAGAUCUAUGUUAAUGAUACCAGUGUUGCUCAUGUAAAUAUGCUGUGAGUAGUAAAUUUUGGCUUAGACAUGAAAAAAUGGGUCUGUGCAGUGGGCUUGCUUGCAUAGUUUUGAAAAAAUCUUGCCAGUACCUGGAGUUUACCUGGAGAGAGUUCCGGGGGUCAACGCCCCCGCGGCCCGGUCUGUGACCAGGCCUCCUGGUGGAUCAGAGCCUGAUCAACCAGGCUGUUGCUGCUGGCUGCACACAAACCAACGUACGAGCCACAGCCCGGCUGAUCAGGAACUGACUUUAGGUGCUUGUCCAGUGCCAGCUUGAAGACUGCCAGGGGUCUGUUGGUA